AGUUAACAAAAAUUCACAUUCUCAUGGCAGAGACUUUGAGAGUGACUGUUUUCUGGGACAUGACAGGACCCUUGUCCAAUCUUUCCUCUCCCUGUAUCUGUGCCACUCCUUGCUACAACCAGCUUAUUCUUGUGGACCUGCGGGAGAAGCAGUCCUUCUGUGAGCCUUUGAAGCCAGCGACAGAAUAUGGUGACCUGCUGAUGUCCCUGUGCUAUGUGCCCAGUGACAGGCUCACGGUCACGAUCCUUAAGGCCUGGGACCUCAGAUCGAUGGACAUCAACCUCAAGUCAGAUCCUUAUGUGAAGUUAUGCCUCAAGUCACCGGACAGACGUGUUGAGAAACGGAAAACAAAGACAGUCAAAUGCACACUCAAUCCAAUAUUUAAUGAAGCAUUCAAUUUCAAUGUGACAAACACAAAUAUGGAGGAGAGUUCUUUGGAAAUUGUGGUGAUGGACUUUGACAACAUUGGGAGGGAUGAGCUGAUUGGUCGGCUUUUGCUUGCAGGCAGAGAUGGUUCUGGGGAGCCUGAAACAAAGCACUGGCUGGAAAUGCUGGCAAAUCCGACUAUCACCGUAGUCCAGUGGCACAGACUGAGAGCAGAAGCAAGGUCAAAAGGAAGAAAAGGAACCCACUGAGGUCAUCCCAGUAACACACUGUGUAUAUUACAGAACUGUAAUUUAUACUACCUUUAUUCCAUCAGAAUUUAUGCCAUUAAAAUUAUUUUUCAUACAUGUCCAUCCUCACACUUUUCGGCAGGUGCAUUCCAAUGCUGAGUAGAUAAACGCAUUGCAGGGACUAUAGGAUUUGUAACAGUAUUAAAAUCAACUAGUUCUGGAUUGUUGCUUUCUGAAUGCAGGAAUGGGCACAUUUAAAUAUACGUAAUCCCCUUGAUGUUAUACUCAGAUAUUACAGAAUAUUCAUCCCAUCAGUAUACGUAACGUGAAAUCUGUCCUCCUUAAAUAUAUAUUCUUUUGUACAAUUAUAAUGCAUCUUACUGGAAUGGAAUAUAUAGGAAAAUCUGUUACAAACAUCAAAGUAAAAUAACAAUUAUAUAAUCAGCUGAUGUAUAAAAAAAUCUGGCAGAACUGAAACAAGCCAGGGGUGAAAUAUUAUGUUCUAAGAUCCAUAAGCUAUUAAUUCUAUGUGGAAUAAGGAAGAAUUGCC